AGGUGGUGCUCUGUGGCCGUGGCAGUGUAGAGUCGACCAAGUGGUUCGAGUCUUCGAGUGUGUGUCAGUCGGUUGAGAAGUCGUGAAGGCGCCGUUGUAUGCGUAUGACUGCGGGUUCAGAGUUUCAGAGAUAACACGAGUGAAUUUGUUAAAGCAAGGGUGGUGCUGUGUGGUCGGACUAAAAUUACUGCAGCCCAUGUGCUCUGCUCGUUAAGAUGCUAAUCAAAGAGUUCCGUGUCACUUUGCCUCUUACAGUGGAAGAGUAUCAAGUGGCCCAGCUAUAUUCUGUGGCAGAGGCAAGCAAAAAUAAUACAGGAGGUGGAGAGGGUAUAGAAGUGCUAAAAAAUGAGCCAUUCACAAAUUAUCCUUUGCUCGGCGGAAAAUAUUCUUCAGGUCAAUAUACGUACAAGAUUUAUCAUUUAGCUAGUAAAGUGCCUGCUUUUAUCCGUAUUAUGCUGCCAAAGAAUUCAUUGGAAAUUCAUGAGGAAGCAUGGAAUGCUUAUCCCUAUUGCAAAACUGUCAUAACUAAUCCUGGUUAUAUGAAGGAUAGUUUUGUAAUUAUGAUCGAAUCGUUUCACAUUGAUGACGAUGGGCAUCAACAUAAUGUACACGAGUUACCUCCUGAUAAACUAAAAAUGAGAGAGGUGGUACAUAUAGAUAUUGCUAAUGAUCCUAUUGCAAACGCUGAUUACAAAGAGGAUGAAGAUCCAACCAAAUUCAAGUCUGUGAAAACAGGUCGGGGUCCUCUUGUUGGCAAAGAUUGGAAAAAUAACAUUAAACCUGUGAUGACGUGCUACAAGCUAGUCACUUGUGAAUUUAAAUGGUUCGGUUUCCAAAAUCGUGUUGAGGGCUUCAUUCAGAAAGCUGAAAGACGUCUCUUUACUAAUUUCCAUAGGCAAGUGUUUUGUUGGAUAGAUCGUUGGUAUGGUCUAACUAUGGAAGAUAUUAGAGCAAUCGAGGAGAGUACAAAAGAAGAAUUAGAUAGGCAAAGACAUCUAGGAGAAGUAAGGGGUAUGCGAGCUGACGAUUGAAGCUUCGGUAGCUUCUAUUAUGAAUAACUAAAUCAAUUUCCUUAUAUUUCUCGGAUACUUGCGGCUACUUAUGAAAAUACAUUCAUAUACGUUUUGUCGAAGACGAUCCUGCAAGAUCGGGACAAUUUCCAGAAUUUACGUGUCUAGAUUCAGUGUCUAUUAAAUCUAACUAUGAGUUUAAUUUAUUUACAUUUUCAAGCGUUUUAGAUGAAUGUACCUACAGUCAAGAAUUAUAAUAUAGCCAAUAAUAAGGAAGAGAACCGAUAUAAAUUGGUUCGAUCUAUACGAUGUGUAAAAUAUUCGAAAAAAAAGAAAGAUUAUUAUUCGAUAAAAAAAAACAAUAUAGGUGGGAGAAAGAAAAUAUUAACUAUCUAACACUAUAGUGGUUCGAUACUAAAACGAAUAGACAAGCAAUUGAAAUUGCUGCUGGCUACAGACACAAAAGAAGAAAAAAAAAUGAAGUACUUGACACAAGAGUUACAAGUUCGUUCAUAGUUUCAUAGCAAACAAUUCAUGGUUUAUGUCCUAGACCUAUGGUAUUAAGAUUCAAACAAAACACGAUUAUUGUCACAUUUUACGUAAUUUCUGCGCCUCUAAUGAAUUUUUCGCGACAUAAUCUAAAAUUCUUUCAGCCUUAUACAGUGUACAAUAAACAGAAAAAUUAAAGAAAGGUAUUUUAGCAGUUCUGCAAGCUAAAGAUAAUAUUAUGGCGAUUUAUUAAUGUUCAAUGUUGCCGUCAGAUUAGAUAAAAUUACAAGUGGUCAGUAGGUUAUAGCGAUUACGCUCCUCUUUGCGUUUUGUAUUAUUGAUUUGAAAAUUGAAGAAAAAAUGUGCAGCCGAAUUAGGACCAAACUGAAGAGCAUUAAAGUAAUCUGUAAUUUUAACAUUCAUGUAACAUUCACGUCAGUUACUCACAUCGGUGGAAGAUGUGAGCAUAACAAAUUAUAGAAAAUAAUAUACGUAUGUACGUAGAAAAGAACAGAAAAGAGUUGGAAAUAUUUCUCUAUAGCAACUGCUGAACGUCGAAAGGUACGUUAUUGUACAUAAAGAAAAAGGCAUAUAAUGAAAUUCAAAUUGAGUUGUUACACAUUUCUUUGCAUUCCAAUAGAUCUCUGUACAACAAAUUUCACCCAACGGUGUCAAUAUUCGACAUGUUUCCUCAUACAAAAACAGAGAAAUAACUCGUUCAAAAUGUACUUAGUUGGGAACGAACCGUAAUCGUCGCUUGCACAAAUUGUAUGUACACUGUUACCUGUUAUACUGGGAUCUAUAUAGUUAAUAUAAUAUAAUACAAUAUAAUAUAGAGUAGUGUAGUGUUUAAGACAGCGUUAGAAAUGGAAUUUAAGCGAAAUGAUUAUCAAUUGAUUUGAUUUCUAAAACUUUCAACGGAUGGAGUAUCAGCAUUCAUAUUGUUUAGUUAUCUUUUAGUAUUUAAGUUUAUCACACGAUCUCAUCGAUAUUUGGAUACGUUAACGGAGAAUGUGGAAGUGGGGAUAAUCCCGAUAAAUAAUUUUGUUGCGAACAUGUCGUACCACCUGUACGAGAUAUAGAAAGAAUUUCAUAAAUUAGGAUAAAACAGUUAA